CUCUCACCCAUCCAACAAAUCUGUGGCAUGUGAGUUUUGGCGUACUAGUAGCAUGGAUGCCGACAUGCAGUUUAAUGACAAAAACUCACAAGGGAAGGGCUUUUCGGAUGUCAUAGCCCGGGAGAUCGACAAGUUGAAGGAGACCCUCCUCUCUUCCUUUGCGGAGACCUUUCCAGAGAGGACAGCUGGACAGAGCCAACACACUACUAAAGGUGAGCGUCGUCCGUUUUUUUGCAUUGCAGAGAACUGCACAGCGCAAGGUGAGACCACUGCUGCUCAUGAGACAGGCUUUUGCUGCGCUCGUGUCCAAUCAAGAGGUGCUUCCAUCUCCGUGACUCCCGCAGCACAUAGUUCUUGGAGCAAGCCUAUGGAGCCCGAAGUGACAGAGUUGUCAGAGGCAGAAGACCAUUCCCUCAAAGAUCUGGAAGUAUUGCAAGAGCGUGGCUUUGAGGAACACAAAGCACUGUCCUGUUGGGCACGGUUUGCCGCAGCUGCCACCAGUGGAGAGCUGGAAGAUAAGCGACAGUCCAGCAUGCCGUCGGAAUAUUUCAAAAUCCGGCCCAACUGGAGAGCAGGCGAGUACAAAACCGGCACUUCUCGAGUCACGAUAGCAGGUCAUCGUCCACCGCCGAAUCAGCACCAGAUGCGCGUGAAAAGCAUCAUCAUGGACGAAAGCAGCCGAUUCCAAAGGUUCGUGUCCCAUCCUGACCACCUGACGCGGAUGUUUUGGCUCUCUGCAGGCAUGAUGCUGAUCUUCUGGGAUUUGAUCACCAUCCCCCUGGUACUGGCCAACGCUGCCGAAAGUACGCAGGAGUUCUUGGUGACGGUGAGUCAUUUCACGGUCUUUUUCUGGAUCGUUGAUUUGGUCUACAACUUCUUUACUGGCUAUGACACUGGCGCAGGGAUUGAGAUGCGUCCCGGCCGGAUUGCGCGCAAUUACGUGAGCACGUGGCUAAUUCCCGACACAGCGCUGGUCCUUCUUGAGGUGGUGAUCAAGUUGCUUGAGCUCGUUGCAGCCACAGACUCUGAGGACUUGAGCUCUGUGAGGGUUCUACGGGCGGUUCGAAUCCUUCGUUUCCUGCGACUCCUCCGCUUGCAGAGGAUUACUCGCAUUGUUGAGGUCAUUGCAAACCACUUCACCUCCGUGACCUUUUGGCUCACCCUGAGGAUUGCAUCUUAUUUGUUUUUCAUUCUGGUUGUGAAUCACUACCUGGCCAUUUUCUUCAUGGCCAUUGGAACAGAUGCCUUAAAAGGAGGAGCACCCAAUUGGCUGGAGCGAUAUGGCAUUGCUGACUACACUUUUUGGGAUGUCUAUGCCGUUUCACUUCACUGGAGCUUGACACAGUUUACACCUGCCACCAACAAUAUUGCGCCUGUCAGUGUGCCAGAGAGGCUGUUUUCCAUCGCUGUUGUGCUAGUUGCCCUGGCGCUCUUCUCCUCGUUCUUGAGCUCUAUCACCAAUGCAGUGAAUGCAUUGCGGACGGUGCGUAUGAGUGCCGCUUCCCAAGAGGCACAAAUCAGGCAGUUCUUCAAUGAGCGCAACCUCCCAGCACCCCUUCUUGCGCAGGUGAAGGGCUUCAUUCAACUCCGCAGUGCGGCCAUCCAGCGGAUGCGCGAGAAGGAUGUGAAGGUCCUGCUGGAGUUGCCUGAAGUCUUAAAGCGGAGGCUUCACACAGCGAUGUACUACCAGCAUUUGAUGGAGAUACAGUGGUGGCCAGAUUAUGGAGGCAACUCCGAGCUGGUGGAAAGAGUGUGCCACAUUGCUACGACUGAGCUCCUUGCAUCCCCUGCUUCUGAUAUUUUCGUGCCUGAUGAGAAAUGCGCAGGGGCCAUAGUACCCAUCGAUCACGGUUUGGUCUAUACACGCCGGGAAGUCUUCAACAAGCACCGGAGCUGUGCUGGACAUGACAAUGGGGUGGUUUCUUUGGGUCCAUACGAAAUCAUCGCCGACAUCGGUCUAUGGGCAGAGUGGACCUAUCGAGGACACCUAGCAUCAGAGGUCACGAGCCCCUACCUCUUCAUCAAUGCUGAAGCUUUUGCCGAGCUUGCACGGACAAUGGGAGGUGCCGCCUUCAAGUAUCUACAAACUUUCGGCUUGCUGUGUCCAAGAUGCAUGAGGCUGUUUACCUUGCCCCUGUGGAGACCCGGAUUUUUGGCCAGACAAGCACCUGAGGUAUUUGUCUCAUAUCGAGGAUCAAGUGACCUCGGGGCAGCUGAGCGACUUGUGCACGGACCUUGAGACCAUUGCCAUGCUCAAGGAACGUGCAGAGUGCUUCAUGAUGGUGGGCUCGCGCAACAUCCGGUCCUCUGCUGAAUCCAAGGUGUCACUCUCCAAUCUCAUGUCCUGGUCAAGGAAAACUCUGAUGAGAACUCCUUCGCCGCGAUAGGAUGGAGUCACACAAGGAGGUGGCAUUCUCACUCGGGGCAGUCAUUCGAAGAACGUGGGCUUUGAGCUCCAAACCGUUCAGAUGCCAAAAGGCAUCCAUGGACUGACCAUGCGAAAAAAGCAACGGAAGACACCACUUCCCGCAAAAGUGCUUUGGUGGUUGAACUCAGGGAGUCCAAGUUGAGCUGCACAGGAAACGCCGAGGAGUCAGUGUAGUGACAUUCCAUGGCAACCAAAGUAAAGCAAUGGAGCCAGUGGAGGAUCUCAGGAUUUUGGACCUCCCUACAGUGCCUACAGUGUAAGCAGUGUGGCCAAGCUUGUCAGUUGUGUUGGAUCAUGGUUAGUGAUGGAAGGUCGAGCGUAACAAUGUUACAGAAUAGUGACCACAGGCAUUUGGCAA